AUGAGUUGCAACUGUCCAAUGACGGCGUCCACCGGGCCAACCUUGGCCUCGACCUGCGGUGGAUCGUCAUUUAUGCUCUUCAUGGGUCUCCUCGAAGUCUUCCUUCGGAGCCAGUGCGAUCUGGAAGAUCCUUGUAACAGACCUUAUCCAAGGGAUCACGUUAAUUCGAGGUACGACUUCGUAGUAAUCGGCGGUGGUAGUGCUGGUGCCGUGGUUGCUGCAAGACUCUCCGAAAACGACAGAUUUUCAGUUUUACUCCUGGAAGCCGGACUCGAUGAACCGAUCGGCACGCAAAUACCAUCUUUCUUCUUCAACUUCAUUGGCAGCGACAUCGACUGGCAGUACACAACAGAAAGUGAAGAUGGGGCGUGCUUGAAUAAGGACGACAAGAAAUGUUACUGGCCACGCGGAAAGGUUCUUGGAGGAACCAGUGUGAUGAACGGGAUGACGUACAUGAGAGGAUCACGCAGAGAUUACGACGAUUGGGUCAGGCUAGGAAAUCCUGGCUGGUCUUACGACCAAGUCCUACCGGAUUUCAUCAAAAGCGAGGACAAUCAACAAGUGUACACGAUGGAUUACGGAUAUCACGGAACGGGAGGACCCCUCACAGUCACUCAAUUCCCUUAUCAUCCACCUCUCAGUCAUGCGCUUUUAGAUGGUGGUAAAGAACUCGGAUACGACACAGUGGAUCUGAACGGCAGAACGCAUACAGGUUUCGCCAUAGCUCAAACGACCUCCAGAAAUGGAUCCAGAUUGUCAACUGCUCGAGCAUUUCUUCGUCCUGCUAAAAACAGAAGGAAUCUACACAUAAUGCUCAAUUCCACGGUCACCCGAAUUCUCUUUGACAAGAACAAGAGAGCUACGCAGGUCGAAUUUGUUCACAACGGCAGAAUCCACCGAGUAGGAGUGGGAAAAGAAGUUGUCAUUAGCGGAGGUGCCGUGAACUCGCCGCAGAUAUUGCUGAAUAGUGGAGUAGGACCCAAAGCAGACCUUGAAGCAUUGGGUAUACCUGUCGUUCACGAUUUGCCAGGUGUUGGAAGGAAUCUGCACAAUCACGUUGCUUACACCUUGACGUUCACCAUCAACGAUACAGACACCACUCCGUUAAAUUGGGCCACUGCUAUGGAAUACUUACUGUUCAGAGAUGGACUUAUGUCGGGUACAGGGAUAUCCGAAGUGACAGCGAUGAUCCAUUCAAAAUACUCCGACCCCCGAGAGGACCAUCCAGACAUCCAGCUGAUAUUUGGUGGUUACCUGGCGGACUGCGCCGAGACCGGAAUGGUCGGGGAGAAGAAGGGAGCCAAUCGAACCAUCUACGUAAUUCCGACUCUUCUGCAUCCAAAGAGCCGCGGGUAUCUACGUCUGCGAAACAGCGACCCGCUUUCGAAACCUCUGAUCUACCCCAAAUACUUAUCUCAUCCGGACGACGUGGCUCGGUUGAUCGAGGGGAUUAAAUUCAGCAUUGCCCUGGCCAACACUCGCGCCCUGAAGAGAUACGGCUUCAAGCUGGACGAGACACCCGUGAAGAAUUGCGAGCACCUGAAAUUUGGCUGCGACGCCUAUUGGGAAUGCGCCGUGAGACAUGAUACCUCCCCCGAGAAUCAUCAGGCCGGGUCCUGCAAAAUGGGUCCAGCCGAUGAUCCCAUGGCCGUGGUAGACAACCAGCUGAGGGUGCGCGGCCUCAGAGGUGUCCGAGUGGCCGACACCAGCAUCAUGCCUAAGGUUACUUCUGGGAACACCAACGCUCCGGCCAUCAUGAUCGGCGAGAGAGCAGCAGAUAUGAUCACGAGAACGUGGAUCGGGUGACCGGGCGGGAACGACUCCAAUGUCGUGACGUAGGACUCACGAGUAUCCCAAAAGAUGAUGGGUCUAUCCGGAACUCCCUCGCGGUCGCGAUUGUUUUGGAACGGAUAAAUGGAGGGAUGACCGAGUGAGGUUAUCUGAUACAGAACUCGAUAUGAGGGUACUCAUAUUAGAGGUUAUUCGUUUCUACCUUAGUGCUCCUCGUGAUGAACGGGUUUAGAAACGAAUGGACCCUGUUGCGAUGAGACAUUCGACCACGUAUACAUGCCCUUGUAGAGUUAGUUAUUUUCCUGUCGUGUUAAAGAUUGCGGGUGUUGGUACUGUUAUAGGGUACAGAAGUCCGGAGGCAAACACUUCGGGAUAUCUCGGCGGCGUUAAACAUAAUGAACACUUGAAAUAAACGGUACGUUCACCUUGCAGUACGCCGUUCAUUUUCUCCU